AUGCCAUCCUUGGCGGACGGUCCGUUUGGCAAGUUGUCAUAUUGCGCUUUCAAUUGCUUUUAUACAGCCGCUAAUAUAUCAUCAUGUGCCAUUUCGAAUACAACAUGUCUUUGCAUGGACACAACAUUCUUCGCACAAGCAACCGGUUGCGUGACGCUUGACUGUGGCGUGAAAGCAGGCCUUUCUACCACAAACACGACUAUGAGAAUAUGUGAGGUACCACAAGCUAGCCAAGCCCUGAUCUCUCCAGUCCUAGCUGGUGUUCUGGGGAUGUUAGCUCUCAUAAUGGUCUCUUUGCGUCUGGCACAACGAACAGCCUUCAAGCGACUAUUCGGCCUCGACGACGCAUUCAUCCUCGCAGCGCUAGUAUGCGCCGUCCCGUUGAACUGUACCAUAUUCCCGAUGCACAAAUUUGGCCUCGGUACCAACAUCUGGACAAUACCAUUCGACCAUAUCACGAAAGAGCUAGAGUUACUAUACGUCGCAGAAGUCUGCUAUAUGGCCGCUGAGGCUCUAACUCAACUAUCCUACCUCGCCUUCUAUUUACGCAUCUUCCCAAUCGAACGAUUCAAAAUAAUAUGCUACUGUCUCAUGACCCUAUCAGUCUGCUUCGGUGUAUCGAAUACCUUCGUCAUGAUCUUUCAAUGCACACCUGUUCCUUUCUUUUGGUCCGGUUGGAUGGGUGAGUACAAGGGUACUUGUAUUAAUAUUAAUGGGUAUUCGUGGUACAAGGCUGCAGUGCAGAUUGUGAUGGAUUUGGGAAUCAUAAGCUUGCCUAUUUGGCCGCUGCUUCAUACUGCUAUGAACACAAAGAAGAAAAUUCAGAUUAUUCUAAUGUUUUGCACUGGGUUCCUGAUCACGGUAGUCAGUUGCUUGAGACUUCGCUCGUUGGUUGUGUUCUCCAAAUCAUCAAACACAACUUCCUCUAUUGAACCGUCAUCCGAUUCCUUUCUGGACUCCGAUUUCCAAUCCUCGCCUGAUAGGGAGCUCCGGCGAAGCAUUGAUGCAUCCAGCCAACCACCCCCGCCGAUUCUAAAGCGCGUAGGACCGAACCGCAAAAAGAACUGGAUCUUGUACGAAUCAGAGAACUCGAUGGAAUUUCUGAUCUGGUGGGCCAAAACGGAAUACGGACAAGUGCUGAAUAGUGAGGGCCGGUCAAGAAUCAAGUGGUCGAUAGAGUCGCAUUAUGCUGAAGUUUGGAGACGCUUCGACCAAGUUGCCGACAUCUUGACUGGUCGACCCAAGGUGAUUUGCAGGACUUGUUUGACUUUGCUAGACCACCCGCAACAUAAGAAGCACGGGACAAGCGCAAUGGGAAAACACCAGAAAUCCAAGUCUUGUCGACAGGGCCAGAAAAGAACCUACCGUCAGACACUCGCAACAAACUCCAUUCAGAAAGCUUUCCUAGGGGCUUCGUCCAAUUGCAAGAAAUUCACUACAUUGCAGCUUGAAGAAAGGUUACUGAAGACGAUAGCCAUUUUACGAUUGCCUUUCCAGACUAUUGAAAAUCCCGAGUUCCAAGCCCUGCUCAAUUUGGUUCACUCUGGCCCAGGAGAAUUAGAAAUUCCUUCGGCAAAGACUCUGCGACGUCGCUUACGUGACUCUGUUGCAGCCCAACAAGAGACUCAAUUACGAGACUUGCCCGAAGAUGCGAAAGUUUCUCUUGCACUGGAUUGCUGGACUAGCCCUUUUCAGCAAGCAUUUAUGGUAAUUACAGUAUACUUCAUCGACAAAGAUUGGAACUAUCGUGAAAUGCUUCUUGGGUUUGAGCCUCUACACGGAGCUCACAGUGGGGUCAAUCUGAACGAAGUGCUUCUUCAGGUGCUUAAGGACAGACGACUUCUGGAUCGGAUCUUCAGUGUGACUACAGACAAUGCAACAAACAACGAGACUCUCAUCCGGGCCUUGCAGGAGUCACUUCUUUCGAGCGGUGCCAUUAGUACGAGGGAAUCCAUUGUACGCGUUCCAUGUAUGGCCCAUGUGAUUCAGCUUUGCCUGAAGCAACUACUAGGCCAUAUCAGAGCCGCUCCAAAGAAUAAAGAAGUGAGAAGGUUUUGGUCUGACACCCAAGCUGUCUGCCUAAGAGAUUCCCUAGAGCAUGGCGAUGUGGCGCAUACUCUCGCAAAGAUCCGGUCUUUUGCCGUCUUUGUGAAUGCAAGCCCACAACGACGAGAUGCAUUUCUAUGUCUUCAAUCGGGUGGAACUCGGCUUUUCCCCCUCCACGACGUACAGACCCGCUGGAACUCUACUUUUUUGAUGCUCCGAAGAGCGCGCCGGCUCAGGAACACCAUUGAUAAAUACUGCCGAGACCAUGAAUAUAGCCAAUUCAAAGUCACCGAUACCGAGUGGCGGCAAAUCGACUACCUGGUCAAUAUAACAAGGCCGUUCUUCAAAUUUACCAUGGCUCUGAUGAAGACCAAAGAUGUGACUAUCCAUAGUGUCUUUCUCGUGUACAGGAAGCUUCUGGAACACAUCGAACGCUCAAACCGGAAGCUGAGAAAGAAAACCACACCCUGGAAAAAAGAUAUGUACGGUGCCAUGCUCAUGGCAAAGCAAAAGCUAAAAGAUUAUUACGAGAAGACCUAUCGUGACCAUGGAUUUCUCUACGGUACAGCGGCUUUGCUUGCUCCUCAGUAUAAGCUUUGUGCUUUUGAUGAUACAGAGUAUUCGCAGUGCAUUGGCGAGACUUCAAAAAGAUAUUGUGAAUAUCUGCGAUCAUCUUUUGCACAGUAUCAACAAAGAAACCCAGAGAUGCUAUUCCGUGCUGUACAACGCCCUUCGUUACAAGCCUCGGAGUUAGAACGGCUUCUUGAACCAACACACGCGGUAGAAACAAGCGAAGGAGUCGGGUAUGACGAGGUUGAUCGUUAUCUCCACGAGUCGACUACCUCAAUACCACCGCGUGUAUACUGGAGAGAGAAUGAGAGUAAAUUCCCCGUGCUUUCGCGGCUAGCUCGCGAUUUGCUCUCAGUUCCAGCCACUGGCGCAGGAGUUGAAAGGCUGUUCAAUAGUGCCCGGGAUAUUUGCCAUUAUCGCCGGGGAUCUCUGAAUGAGACUACGAUACAAGACUUGAUGAUGUACAUGUGCUCUGAGAAAUUCACCCUGGAGAGCCAGCAAUCGAGUCUGUUGGAUCAUAGGAUGGCGGAAGGGGAGGACCAGGAAAAUCUCGAAGAAAAUGAGGCAAACAAGGAAACCGAAGAUGAGAAUGCAGCUAUCAGCGAUAUAGACGAGAGUGAUCUAGUCGAAGAUACCGAUAUGAGCCCCACUGUUCAGAGUGUUCUGGGAUUUGAAAGCACCGCCUCACAGGAGCUUCCUUCUCACAGUCGACCGCAAGAUGUGACGAUGACGGCUAUUCGUCCAGAUCCAGAGAGCGAUGAUGAAGAUUUGUUGCCACCUCCAGUUACGCAUCUGGGAGAGAGAUAUCAAAAAAGAUCAUCAGGGAGGAUGACAGUGCCUUCAAGCCGACUUGAAGGCUAUGAGCUGUAUUAG